CGCUUCUUGUUGUUUGUGAUCUCGUUAUAAUAAGUGUAUUUUAUAUUUAUUAUAAUUUGGAAUUUUAAAACAAUAAAUAAUAGUUACAUCAUCAGCGUUUCGGUUGUUUAAUUUAAAAAAAAAAUCUUUGAAUAAUAAUCUAAUAGAUUUAAUGUCGAAUAAUCCUUUAGUGCGAGAGUUGGUCAUGGAUUCAUCAUCAUCUAGAUCAUCAUCGCCCGUCAAUCUGCCCAAUCAUCUUAAUGCUGAACAGAUUGGUCGGCUGAAAAAACUUUAUCCAUAUACUGAUCUAGAUCAGAUACCGAAACAAUGGUCUUCCAAAGAUAAAGCCAAUUAUAUAACAUUGUCGGAAGAUGGUCUCAAAGUUCUUUAUAAGGGUGUGGGCAAAACUCAUAAAGAUGCGGCUGCUAUUCGAGCUUCAAAUCCUGUACCUCUAUCAUGUCUACUUUAUUAUUAUGAAGUCAAAAUCAUUUCAAAGGGUCGUGAUGGAUACAUGGGUAUUGGUCUGGCAGCUCAAGGUGUUAAUAUGCAUCGUUUACCUGGUUGGGACAAACAGUCAUAUGGUUAUCAUGGUGAUGAUGGACAUUCGUUCAAUAGCUCCGGUACUGGUCAACCUUAUGGACCCACAUUCACCACAGGUGAUACAAUCGGUUGUGGCUAUAAUCUAAUCGAAAAUCUUUGUUUCUACACUAAAAAUGGCCAAAAUCUUGGAGUUGCUUUUGUGGAUUUGCCUCAAGUAUCAUUGUUUCCAACAGUUGGCCUUCAAACGCCUGGUGAAGAAUUGGAAGCAAAUUUCGGUAUCAAGCCAUUUUGUUAUGAUAUCGAACAAGACAUAUUCAAGUUAAGAAAUAAAGUAACAUCUUGUAUAAAUCUUUUCCCAGUAAAUCACACUGAAUGGCAACCGAUGAUCCAUCAUUUGGUACAAUCAUGGCUCAUACAUAAUGGUUAUUGUUCUACAGCACAAGUCUUUUCGGAAUAUACCAAAAUACCGUUUAAUGAAAACAUUCAGAACGUAAAACAAAGGCUCAAAAUACAACAAUUAGUAUUGAGUGGUAAGAUCGGCGAGGCUAUUCAAACAACAAAUCGACUUUAUCCAACAGUGUUGCAAGAUAAUCAUAAUCUUUUAUUCGCCUUGAAAUGUCGACAAUUUAUCGAAUUUGUAUGUGGAAACGAUGAUCUUCCCUUUUCAGCCAAUGGCAAUGAUUGUAAUGGAAACUCGGAAAUGAAAAUGGAAUUAGACAUGAAUUCUGAUGAUAAUGAAGAUCUACCAGUUAAUAAUUUCAACAAUCAAUCAGAGGAUAAUUUGGUGCAUAAUAAUGAUGUAAAUCACACAUCGAAUAAUAUUCACUCGUCCAAUGAUAAUAUUGAUCGUUUCAAAAUGAUUCUAAUGUUUGGUAAAGAAUUGAAUUCUUUGGCACAAAAAUUGGAUGCCGAUUCAGCAUCGAAAGAGAUCAAUAAGAAAAUGUUAGAAGAGGCAUGGUUUUUUAUUGCAUUCUCUGAUCCCAAUGAAGCUACUAAAUACUUGAAUCAUUUAGAUCGUGAAACCGUCUGUCAAAGAUUAAACAAUGCCAUAGUCAAUCUUAAUUCGGGUACGCAAAAAGUAGCAAUCGAAACAGUGAUAAAGCAUACAAAAGCAUUAAUAGGUUUGAAUAAUUAUUGUGGUGCUUGGAUUAUGGAUAAUAUUUGAUCAGCUUUGUAAUCAUCAUCAUCAUCAUCAUAAUCAUCGUCGAUAGUCUUUUGUAAUCAUUUGCAAAAAAUUUUUUUCUUUUUUUUUGACAUUUUGCUUUUAAUUACUCUCAGUGUAAACAAACUGGGAUUCUUUUUUGUAAUUAAAAAAAA